UGGUUUUACGUAAGCAGAACUACGAGUUUUAUUAAUUAUUAUUUUUAUCGUACCGUUUUAACUUAGUCCUUAGAUGUCGUAAAAACUUUUUGAACAAAAUGUUUUUACCACGUCUCGUAUUAUCCUGCAUCGUUCUAAAAUGUUUCAUCAUCACUGUAACGUGUAAGUAAUAAUCCCAUACCUAUCUACUUCAAAUGCAAUAGUAUAAUACAUAGUUAUAAGAAAUUAAAUACCUAACCACCUCAUUUUAGGUUGAAGGAAUAAAAUUCCGCACGUUUUAUUUUAUUUUUUUUUCUAACACGAUUCCGCACGCUCUAUUUUGUUCAUUGAAAUACAAUAGGAGUUGGGUGCAAUGUUGUCAAAUUUAUUAUAAACGGUGUGGUUCUACGUUUAUUACGCGAAAAAUAAUGUAAAAUAAAACUAGUUCUUUCAUAUAGUGAGCCGUCAUUACAAAAAAUAAAUAUAAUAAUGUAAAAUAAUGUACAAUUUAAUAUAUUUUUCCCUUGGUACAUAAAGCCAAAAAAAGUUAGAUAUUUUAUAAUAUUUUGAUGUAUUUUAUAAUUAUUAAAAUGUUUUAUAACGUUUUAUAUACGUUACCCUUUUCAGAUUUUAUUAUCUCUAAUUGAUUCUCCAUUCUUAGCUAUUAUACAUUUUAACACCGUAAAAAUAUAAAGUAUAGCAUAGUGCUCGAAAUUAAUACAACUUAAGGUAUUGAACUGUAUCCACGCGUGACAUUAUAACAGUUUUGACUAGACUGACUAUACUGGUCUACAUACCAAUAGUUAUUGUGGGUGAUUUAUCAAAAUAAUCUCGUCAUUAUGAUAUUAUUGUUAUAACAUUAGGUACCCUUGUCAUAAAAAGUAUUAAUCAAAUUAUAUAGACUCAUGCAAAUUAAUGUGUAUUGUUUACUAUACUUUGUUUACUUGUUUUAUUUGUUAUCUUUAUCAAAAGACUUAACUUAUGUUAUUUUUAAUUGAUUUGAACUUGAAAAGUUGUGGUAAAUAAAGAGGUAAAUAAAUAUAGUUGGAUAGAAAAAAAGGUCGAAAAAAAUGUAAUAUCAAACAAUGAACCUGCAGAAUCGUACUCUACCCAUUUGAGGUAUUUGUGCCCAGUGGCGUAUUUACGAGGAGAUAUAUCUUCCGCCUUGACCUUUUUCGUAAUAUCUAUAUAUAAUUGUAAUCUCUACAAUUUAUAUGACAAUUUUUAAAUUCCAAUUUCUUUAUCUUGUUAGUCAGUAAAUUAAUGUGUUGCUAAUGUGGUUAAUAAAUCAAAAAACCCGAAUGUAAACCUAUAUUUUCUUGUUUAAUACGAAAUAUAUAUUAUAAAACCUACAUGGUACUACUUAAAAUAUGAAGUAGAUAGGUUGAAUUAGUACCUAGGUACUUACCUAAAUUCUAAGUUAAUUACUUACCUAUAGGUUUUUGGUUUUAGUAAUAUUUUAGGGCAGAUUUAAUUAUAAAUUUCUAACAAAAGUAUAUAAAUUUAAAACUUUUUUUUAGCUUAGAUUAUACAUUAUAUCUAUAAUAUCCCAAUCGGAAAUGUAUGACUUAUGCCGACACUUACAGAAGGCACAGUAUUUUGUCUGUACAACUACGAAACAAACAACUAACUAUGAAAAUAACAUAAACAUUAAGCAAAGCCGAAAGCAUAUAAUUUGUAAUGUAAUUGGCAAUUAAAUUCAAUUUUUAUUAAAUACAUUUUUUUUGUGGGGGGGGGCGUUGUGAAUUUUCGAUUGGGAUGACAGUCUCCAAAUUCAAUAUUUCCUUUGUACGCAAAAUCCUAAACACACGAUGACUAUUCACAACGUCGGUUAUCGACAUUACUUAAUAAAAAACGGAAUUGACAAAUAUACCUACAUUACGAAAACUAUAUGAUAUUAUUAUAUCAUACAUAAAUCAAAUUUCGACUAGAAUCAUAAAAAUCACAAAAACAAAAAAAGUGGGUUCGGCACUGUUGUAGGUGGGAAGUUGGGAAUGUAGGAUACUUAAAGUUAUUUAAUUUAUACCUUAAAUCGCAAAGAUAAGUCAUUGCUAACGAAGAACAAUUUGGAGUAAAAUCCAGUAUAACAUAUUUUUAAAUGCCGUCAUUUUUACGAUUUUUGUCCAAAAUUCAUUAAAACGCUUAUGGAAAAAGAACUAAUGCAUUAAAUUCAAAUUUAUCUUUUAGACCACUAAGUAUGACUUAAAAUGAACCUCUUUUCAAAUUUUCAAGCAUUUCUGUUUCUGUUCUACAAAUUUGUAAGACGUGGAGUAGAAAAUAAUACUAGGUAUUUAAAUUCCUAGUUUCAUUUAAAAUUUGUAUUCGAAUGAAAUAAUUUCUCAUUUCAUUUAAUUACUGGCUUACCUAUUACCAAAUAUUGCAGACUUCUAAGGUACAAAUUCUAAAUACAUAAUAUACUUAACCUAUUAGGUUAUAGAUUCCGAGCAGAGCUAUUUAUUAUAUGUAUUAUUUUCUAUCUAUAAACUACACAUUUUUUUUUUUUUAUUAUUAUUAUUUUCAAAAUACUUUGUCUAGUUUUUGUAUUUUGAGUGAUUUAUUCUUUACAGCUAUCUACUUGAAAAUGUUCUUAUAAUUCUAAUUUUUUUCACGUCUACUAAACGUUCGAAAAUCUAAAACACCAAUUAUGAAAAUAAUGAAAAUAAUUACUUGCUUAGUGGUCUGAAAAAAAAAAUCUAGCGUACCAUCGUAUUUCUUUCCUUAUCUGAGCGCUCGAAGUUCAAGUUUUAACGAAAAUAGUAAAUUAUUUUAUAUAGCUAACAAUUAAUACAUAUUUUUAAAUUUAAAUUUACCUAUUUACCUACAUAAAGUACCUAUUUAACCGCGCUCUGAUCAAAAUGGUUUUUGUUUGCGACAAUGAUUUAUCGUCGCAUUCAGUGUACCACCUACCUACAUAUAAAAUAAAUUAUAAAUAAUUACACCAUAUAUAUUAUAAUAUUGUAACGGAUUAUCCAUUAUUUUGUAGUUAUCGACUGUACAAGGUCGUAAAAGAAAAACAUAAUAGGUAUACAAUUUAUACAUAACGUAACAUCAGCAGUGUAGGUACACAUAAUUGUGUAUUGUGGGGGGGGGGGUGGAGAUAAAUGUCAAGAAAUUGUCUCGUGAGAAUAUUUUUUUUUAAAUCUACAUUCAAAAUUAUGUAUAUAUUAUAUUAUGUAAAAAUAAAAAUACAAUAGAUCAUAGGGGUGGAUCAGACCCCGACACUCCCAUGCAUAAUCACUUUAAUAAAUUGUUUAUCAUGCCAUAAUAAUUCAUCAGAAAUCGUACGAUAACGUUUUAUCGGUUAUGUAUUUAUGUACGUACACGUUUAUUUUCUUUAUUAAAUUUAAAAAUAUACUAUACCUUACUCAGUAAAUAUGAAAAUAAACAGGAUACACCGUAAUAAAGUAACAUAAACACGAAAAGAUCAUAACAAAAAACUGUGUCCCCCCCUCCGGAUACGCCACGCCGCACAGUGGUUCAAAAUUGAAAAAAGAUGGCCAAAAUUUAUUUUAAAAUUUUCAAAAACUUGCAAACUAUUGUAUACAAAUACUAUCUAUGUCCAUUUAGGUAUUUAAAUAUGACUAACUUAAUCAUAAAAAGUAACUUUUUACUUUUGAAAUUUAUGUUUGAAGAAAAAAUUCAUUUUUUUUACCAAUAAAAUGUUUGCAAUUUCGGUAAUACUUUAAGUUUUUGUGCGCUAUGAAAUACUAUUGAAAUACAAUUAACAUAGGGGUUUUUUUUAUUUAUCAGUAUAGAGUCUAUUAGAGUAUUUAUCAUCAUUAUUAUAGAAAUAUUAUAUCUGUACUAUUAAUAAUUGUAAAUUAAUACUCCUUAUAGCUUCAGUUAUAUGUUUAAUAACGUAGUGUUUUAAACAGUUCUUUAACCGACCGUCACGCUAAUAUAUAUAUUUCAAAUAUCUAUAAGGUGUAUAGAGUCGGUAAAUGUUUAGAUUAGCUGCCCAUAUUUGCCUUUUAGAAAAUUGUGAUACCAUGUUGAGUUUUGGCCACCUUUUCUUAAUUUUUUCAUUUAUCCCCCCCCUCCCACUCAUAGACUAAAAAACUAAUGUAAAGUAUCCUAAAUGCCACGUGGCACAAUGAUCUGAAAUUUUAUAUAUCUGUGGUUAGAGAUGAAUAUCUUUAUUUUGGUUCUAGUUUUAUAAUCAGCUGAGUUCAUAUGUAAUUGAUAUAAACAAUAUAUUAAAUCUUAUAAUACUACAACCGAACGACCGAACAAUGAUAUAAGUAUUUUUAAGUAUAUUUUCCCGGGUUUUUUUUGUUGUUAUCAAUCGUUUUUAGUGACAAAUUUAUUGUUAAUGUUACUGUUAAUAAGUUACUUUGACAUUUUUCAAUAUGUAACUAUAGUGUAUUGACGAUGUGUAUUUGAUCAAAAUGAAACGAAAUAAUUCAACUAAUUCAAGAACCUUUAUUAUUUUAUUAUGUUUGUGCCUCCUCUAUAUCAGAACUUGUAAGUACCUACUGAUACAGAGAAUAUAAAAGUUGAUGGUGUAGGUGACGUAGACAAAAGUAAAUUGCUUGACGAAAAUUGGAGAAGUCCCAAUUGAUCCCGAAGAAGUUCUUAAUGUACUGGCUCAAAAAUCAAGAAAAAUUGAUAUAAUUCUGUAAAUUUAAUAUUUUAAUCAAAAAUAACUGAAUGUAUGUUUUUUUUAUAUAUAAUUAAGGGGGAAGGGACUACCACCCCGGCGUUUCAGGAGCUCUUAAUUUGGCUCACCGGAUAGCCUGCUUAGCUCUUCUUAGUUUCACUUGGAGGGAAGUUUCUUCACUCUUAGCAAUUAUCUUAGUCCAAACUACCUGAACAUUGUGAAAGAUUUGAUUUACAAUUUCCUGGCAUGUUUAAAAUUGUCAAGUUACUUUAAAUCAUUGACCGGGAAUGCUUUACUCAGAUAAUACUGUCGCAAACAUAGGUAGGUUAGGUUACAUCCAUAGAUACCAACCAUCCAUAGAUAUUACUAAGAUAACCCAAGAAUAAAAAAAAGCUCUCCAAUCUUUAUGUGCAAUUUCAUUGAAAUUCGUUCAGCCGUUGAAGCAUGGUUGACGGACAGAUUCACAAACAAACAUACAAACUUUUCAUUUAUAAUAUUAGUAGGAUUUAUCUAAAUUGUAUACUUGCGUUUAUUGAAAAAAAACUUAAUCUUAAAUUAAUCUUUUAAAAAUUUAAAAUUUAAUAAAUACAUUCAACAGAUCAGUUGAAAAAUUAAAAUAUAAAACAAAAUUAAUAUAAUCGGCGUGAAACCAAUUUAUUCUUAAAAGGAUGAGUUUCAGUUUCGAUUCUAGUUAUUCAAAAAUAUUUUAAAUCGGCUCGAACUAGGUUCUGAUUCUUAAUAUUUUAAGGAUUUUUGUGGUUCCAGAACCGGUUCCUUUCGGUGCUGUUUCAGUCCCUGCUCCGUGGAAAACAUAAAGCGCCAAAAUGAGAUAAGAAAAAAAAUCAUAUCGUACGAAAGCGCCAAAAUCCUAGGUACCUGUGUGCUACGGUUAAUAUAUAUAUAUAUAGAUUUGUAUUUAUUAACCGUGUCUGUGUGAUAUUAAAUUUAGAACCAUAUCGUACAAAAACUAAACGUUUAAUCUUAAUCGACAAAUUUAUUAUCAGAUUAUGAUAGCAAUUUAUUUACGAUAUAGGUAUAUACGAUUUUAUAAAAACAUUUUUAAAUAUCGAAAAAAUCAACCAAUUUAAUAAAAUUAUAUUUAUUAAUCCCAUUUCUUAAUAAUCCCAAUUCUUAUAAAAAACCCAUUGGAAAAUCAAAAAAAAUGAUUCCGCUAUUGUACUAAGUAGAUCAAAAACGCAACAGAAAAGAUCUCUGGUUAUUUUUUAUUAGAUUAUGAUUUAUAGAAGAAAAGUUGUUUACAGAUAAAAAAAACAAAAAUACAUGAAAGUAAAACCAUCAAUACAUCUCUCUUUACGCUUAGAAUCUAAAAAAUAUGUACGUAUCAUUGUAAUACCAAUACAUUCCUCGCUACGUUCAGAAUCUUAAAGGCCCCCGAACACUCUGCACUGGUGGUAAUUAAUUUAUGUUUAUUAAACGUAAAAUAUAGUAUCUAAAUUAUAUGUCUUUUAAUACAAAAUUAUAGUGCAAUUAAACUAAAUGUAUUAUGUAUACUAAAUAUCUACAUAUAAUAUGCCUAUCUACAUUUAGUUUUUUAAUGUACUUAUAUUAUACGUUUUAGUUAUUAUUUUAUUAUCAAGGAUGUGUAACUGGGAAUAUAACACUGUAUAUGUAAUAUGCCGCGUAAUUAAAUACAUUAUGUACACAGAGGCAUGUCUAGGAUCAAAAAUGAGAAUAGGUCUGAUUAUUAGUAUGACAUUUUUUUUUUUGAACAUUUUAAAUUUCUUUUUUUAAAUAUAAAUUUAUACUUACAUUUAGUCAGUUAUGUAGUAAAUUGAAUUCUUCUAUUUUAAAUUUAGCAAACUCAUUAAUAAUAAUCUUUGUAUUAUCUUGAAUUAACUCUGUAUUGAAUUCUCUUUGGACGUCACUCGAUACUUACGUUUAUUUAACUUUUUCGCUGUAUUAUCAUAAACAAAUUACGUUUCUAUAAAAAUUAAAUCAUGAUGUAAAAAAAAAAAAAUACUUACUACAUAAUGGUUCAAAAAAACCAUUAUAGGAUCGGGCCUACUAGACCUAUUUGCUGAAUAUGCCACUGCAUACAUACAAUUUUUAAAUAGAUAAUACUUACCUGUUUUAUAAUAAAAUUCAUAUAUCCUUUUCUGCAGAUACUCAAGAUGAUACCAGUUCUACUCCAGACAAACCUGAUUCGAAUACUGAUAGUAAAGACAUUAAUAAUAUUAUAACAUUGAUUAUGAUUAACUGUGAUGUUGAAAAUAAAGUGGUGCAUACCUAAUUUUUAAUUUAGGCCCUCCACCAUCUGGAACCCCUCCACCGCCUGGAACCCCUCCACCACCAGGAACCCCUCCGCCGCCUGGAACCCCUCCACCACCAGAUACCCCUCCACCACCAGGAACCCCUCCGCCACCUGCCACCUCCCCGCCACCUGCCACCCCUCCGUCAACUGCCACCCCUCAGAGUACUUCGUCGGAUUCGACUACUCCGCCACCGCCUUCCAUUAAUGCUAAAGGAAUACCGUCAAGUCAAUACAGAGUCAUUUGCGAUAUUAAAAAAAGAAGACCCGGAUUAGAAGCAGCGCCACCUCUAUGCACAGCGAUUGCAUCGUCUAACGCUACUGAAGGUUAUUUUUUAUUAAAAUAAUAAUACAAGUUUAAUAGUACAAAAAUUUAUCGAAUAAUUUUUUAUACUUCAGAGUAAGUAUAGGUAUAAUAUUGGAACAUUUUUUUUCAUCAUGAGAAAAAGUGUUUGGUUUUAUGAUAAUUAUAUCGAUUGACAAAUGAAGCAUAUUUGUAUUCAAAGUAUUAAUAUUUAAAAAUUAAAAUUUUUUUUAUUAUUAUUAUUUCACGAAUGUGUAUAAUAGUAUGCAAUAUUCCAUGUGUUCUUUGAUUUAUCUGUGAUACCAUCGUUGGCAUCGGUGUUUCUUUUUAAAUCCAAAAACCUCCGAUGGCAUCAAAGAUGGCUUUAUCACUCACCGUGAUUUUGAGUAAGUUGAUGAGAUGUAGAUAGGUGGACUAAAUGUGUUUAUUAUCUAAAUUUUUUGAUGGCGAUAGCCGAUAACAGUUAAAAUAUUUAAUUAUCAUUAUUAUAGAUUAAGGUUUCACGAUGACACUGCUAAAAUGAUGUUCUUUUAAUAUUUCAUGGUGCCAACAGUGAUGCCACCGCCGAUGCCAUCACAUAUGAUUUAAGGAACACAUGGACUAAUUGUGCACGGAAGAUGUGUAAUUUCUAUAAUAUUUUUUUCGAAUAAAUACCAUUAUUAAAACUUCUAGAGUAAUUCGCAGCCAAAAUAUUAAAUACUGUCGUAUUAUUUUAAUCGAACAACCAUUUCCAAUCAUUAUAAAAAUAUUACAAUACAUUUUUAACAAAAUACUUUAAGUUACAGGGACUUAUCUUACCUACGUAAAGUUGGUACUACACACAAAACACUACUUUACGAAAUCACUCUAACAAACCCUACUCGGAGUUGUUGAAAAUUAUUAGACAAUUAUUAGAAUUUGUUAGAAAAAAUUAUAAAAGUUAUUACACUUCAAAGAUUUAUAAUGCUAAGUACAUUUUCAGCACUUCUUAUAAAAUAAAAAUGUAAAAAGGGUAUCAAACAGUAUCUAUAAGACUAAGCUUAGUAUUGUUAGACAAUUGUUGGAAUUUGUUAGAUAAAAGUUUCAGAAAUAUUUCACUUUAAACAUGUAGUGCCAGGUACACACUCAACACUACAAUAAUUUAAACAUGAAGAGAAUCAUACUGAAAAAAUAAGUUUAAAUUCCAACAAGUUUAAAAACACGUCUAACAAAUAUAUUUAAAUGCACCGCAAUGAAAUCGAUAUUAAAAUAGAUUUGUUUGGGCGCCAUUUUACAUUUAUUGGAAUUCAAAAUAAAUUUCGUUUAAGAUUAUUGAAUUAUUAGAUAAUCGCUAGUUAAAAAUCGCUUUAAAAACAUGUCUAACAAGUCUAUUUUAAUAUCGAUUUCAUUGCGAUGUAUUAAAAUAAAUUAAACGUGUUUUUAAACUUGUUGGAAUUUAAAUUUAUUUUUCCGCAAUGGACGUAUGAUUCUCUUCAUGUUUACAUUAUUGUAGUACUAAGUGUGUACCUGGCACUACAAUACUGAGCCUAGUCUUAUGGAUAUUGUUUACUAUUCUUUUUACAUUUUGUUUCAUAUGUAGUGCUGGACAUGUACUUAGCACUACAAAUCUUUGAAGUGUAAUAACUUUUACAAUUUUUUCUAACAAAUUCUAACAAUUGUCUAACAAUGUCUUACAAUUCCGAGUAGGGUUUGUUAGAGUAAUUUCGUAAAGUUGUGUUAUGUAUGUGGUGCCAGUAUCACGUAGGUGCUUAUCUUCCGUCCGUUCCGUGAAGUUAGUGGACGCGGUACAAACACCAAAAUCCGCUGUAGUAUCAAGAUUUAGCACUGAAUUAGUGCUGGCGAACGGUACCAUUUGCAAAAUAAGUGCUCAAUUUUCUAAUGAAAUAUUGUUUUUUCUGAAGUUGUCCACAUUGCGGACGCAGUACAUUUUUUUAAACUAAUGAACUAGGCGAUACAAAUGUCGCCUAGUGAAAAUAUAUUGCUUCCUAGUUGAUUGUAUUUUUAAAGACUGGGCGAUACACAAUAAUAAAUUUUCACAAGAAGAAUUUGUAAACUAUGUAGAAAAAGACGUCCUAAGAUAAUGAGGACGGGUGCAGUUACUGUUAUAAGUAAUGUUAUGUAUACCUGUAAGAAACGUAGUAGCGUAUUUUCAACAUUUUUCUGGGAAAGGUCCUGUAAAAUCAUAUGUAUUUAAAAGGUUUCUCUAUUAAUAGAUGCCUCUUUUUUUGAACGACAUUUUAUUGAAAUUAUAUCAAUGUUUGGGUGGGUCCAGACUCCCUAGACCUCCUCGUAAAUCCGCAACUGAAGAAAUGAUAAACCAUUGCUAACGAAAAAACGAUUCUGAGAAGAGUUCAGUUGAUAGUGAUGCUUUGUCAACAAUAUACGAGUAUAUGUUAUAUUAUGGUAAAAUAAUUAAACAGGUAUUUUAUAUUUUCUUUAAUAAUAUUUGUUAUACUAAUUUUCCUGUUUUUCCUACGUUUUUCCCGGUUUUCCCAGAAAAUGUGAAUAACCGGAAAAAACCUAGGAAAAUCAAAAAAUGACCUUAUUAAAGGACCUUCCCAGUCAGAUUUUCUUUUAGAAAAAGUGUUAUCAUUGUAAAUUGGAGCAAAAUUGCUGGUAGAAAAGUUGUUCACAGGAAAAAAGAAGGCCGUAAUAUUUUUUUGCUAAUAUGUACCUAUAUUUCGUACAUUCUCUCAUUUAUCUUCCAUUUUUUUCGGUUUUUCACGUUUGUUGAGAAAACUCCUGAGAAACGGCUCAUAGUUUUUGUAGUAUACAAUCAUAGUUUAAAAAUAUUAUUUUCAACAUAUACAAAUAAAAUGUAAUGCCAAACCAAAAUUAUCUUAUUUACUAUUCAAUAUUUUUCUUUUAUUAAAUCUCUACUACCUAUUAACCUACCUAAUUAAAAUUAGCCAAAUUUUUGUAAUCGCCACGAUCGUCUAAUACCUAUCAAUGAAAAAUAUCGUGUCUAUGCCCACUCACGUAAAUCGUUAUCGGAAACUAUUUAACACAAUGGAAUUUCACGCUUAUCAUUAUAAAUGUAUAGGUAAAAAUAGUAUUGUUAUAACUAAUUACUCAUAUUCUUUAAUAAUAUAUAUAUACAUAUGUACUAUUGAAUAGGUAUCGAUAAUAUGACAAUAUUAUCUCAAAUUUAUUUAUCAUUCAUUAUUUAAUUAUUUUUCUAUUAAAUUUAUAGUUUCUUAUGACAAUUUAUUAUUGUGUCACUCAGUCUUUAAAAAUACGAUCAACUAUAUGACAACAUAUUUUCUCUGGAGGACAUAUGUAUCACCAGUUCAUUAUGUUAAAAAAUGCACUGCGUCUGCAAUGUGGAAAAUUAAAUAAUAAGUGAUAUCCAACGCCUGGAUAACAUGUUAAAGUAGUCAUGUGGCGUGCAUUUUCAUGGUGAAAAAUGUUUGAAAUUUGUAUCAUAUGGAACAUGUAAGAAAUAAUCCAACAUAUCAAGAAAAAAAAUUAUUUGUAUAGUUAAAAAAAAAUUAAUUUUUGUAUUUAUAUAGCAAAUAACUUUAUAAACAAAUUAAUUAAUGAAACGAUUAAUGGGGGGCGAUCGCUCCCUCAAAUAUUCCAUAAAAUUCUAAAAACAGAUUUUAAUUAAGCCUAAAGUGUACAUAAGAUCAACUACACCAUUUUUCAAAUUUUUACACUUACAUUCCACAAAUUAGAUUUUAAAAUAUAUUAAAGUAUAAAACAAAAACCUGAAAUCAUCUACACUUUACACUGAAUUUAAAUUUGUUUUCAGAAUUCUUAUCGCUUUUCUACAUUUAUCGGACUGAUUGCUGAAAAAUUGAUCUAAAUUACCCCGGUCUCACAAUAUAAAUAGGUAGUUGCCAAAGAAACAGCUCCAUUUUCAACCACUUAAAAUAACGAUCAUAGCAUCCCACCAACCUAUCCUGACCAAACUCUUUUAUUAUCAAUGAGUAUUGUUAGACUCCUAGUUAAACCAAGGCUAUACCUACUCACUGUACAAUGAUUCUACCAAAAUCUCUUAGAGAUAUAUUUUUUUGAAGAACCAUCUAUUUGAUCUUUAUAGAGUAUCCAAAAAUAAGUGAAUUAUACUUCUCAGAAAUAUCAUACAAAUAAUGUAACAUACGUAUUAAUCGUAACCUGAUAUUAAUAAUGACAUUUUGGGGAUGUAAAUAAAAAAAUAUACCUGCGAUGUUUUAUUGUGAUAUACUAUUAAUGUUUCUAAAUGUUACCUCAUGAGUAGUUAGGAAUUUGUUGUUCUAUAAAACUAUUAAAAGCACUUAUUUUAAAGAAAAAAAACACCUUAAUUAUUUUUAAAAUCCACAGAAAAAUUUAUAUGUUUUAGAUUUGUUUUAUAUGUAUUAUAUUUAAUAUAUGACUACACCUAUAACAGGUUUACAGUUAGUUUAAUAUUCUAAAUUUUAAUUAAAUAAAUAAAAUGUCGUCUUAGGAUAAUGGAGACGGGUGCAGCCACUGUUAUAAUUUAUAAGUAAUUUAAUUUAGGUAUAUGUGUAAGCAACGAUAAACCAUUGCUAACGAAAAGAUGAUUCUGAUCGCAAUUCAGUUGAUAGUAAUGCUUUGUCAACAAUAUAUAUGUCAUAUUAUGGUAAAAUAAUUAAAUAGGCAUUAUAUAUUUUCAUUAAUAAUAUUUGUUUAAUAGUGUAUCGAUCUUCCCAUUUUCCCUGCGUUUUUCCAGGUUCCCAUGUUUUUUACCCGUUUUACACAUUUGCUGGGAAAACUCCUGAGAAAAUCGAAAAAUGUUCUCUUUAAAAUACCUCCCCAGUCAGAUUUAAUUUUAGAAAAAGUACUAUCAUUGUAAAUCAGAGCAAAUUUUCUGGUAGAAAAGUUGUCUGCAGGAAAAAAACGUAAAGUUUGCACAACAAAUCGAUAUAUGUAUACAAUAUCGAUAUAUAUAUACAUGUAUAUUAUUAUAUUAUUAGAUAUAAAAGUCCAAUACUAAUAACAUAAUAUAGCAAUGAUAAUGUAACAUAAAUUACAAAAUAAUAUCAAUUAAUAAUAGAUGUUAUAAUAGAUUAUGGAGUACAAAAAUACUAAUUUGUACAUUUUUAUAAAAAAAAACCUGAAACGUGCAAUUUUGUUCAAAAAAAUAUUUUUUUAAAUUAAUCUACAUCGCUUGAUUUGGACUUGUGGCUUGUUUCUAUAGGAUUUAGAACACGUUAUAAUACAAUUAUGUAAUUGCACGGGAAUCUGGUCUUUAAUUAUAACAAAUUAUGCAUACAAUUUGACUAUUAAAAGUAUAGAUACCUACUACAUAAUAAAAAGAUGAAAUAUGAUUAUGAUUAUUCGAUUUUUGUUUUUUUUCAGCCGGAGUUCAAGAUAUAGCUCCAUAUAGAGGAUCACUUCCGUUCAUGCGCAUUUACGAUGACGUGUUGUACGAACAGUGGAACGAUGUUUUUAAUUGUGUUGGUAAAAUAACAGUACAAACGAUAACUGAAAAUAUCAAAUCAGAUAACGUUUGUAUGGUGGCCUUUGAUUACAUGUAUAAGGUGGGUACUUAUAACUAAAAAAAGUCUUUUAGAACCAACGUCAUAUAUUACCUACAUAAACAUUGAUCGCACUGUUGGGUGGAUAAUAAACUCCUGCGAAAUUAGUUAAUCUCCUACUCAGAUAAUGGGUAUGGUGUAAAGUCUACACUGUAAACUCCUAUAAAUGAUGAUGAAAACUCUUACACCAGAUAGUUUAACUCUUUCACAAGUUAAAGUGAUUGCCUACAUUAAAUCGUAUACAGUGUUUCAAAAGUCUUUAUCUGAUUACGAAUUGAUAUAUUCUAUAAUCAAUAAUUACAAUCAAUUAGGUACAUACUACUUUAUGUAUCCUAGCUUCCCGACUUCCUACCUACAACAGUGGCACACCCAACCCCAGUAUCAACUCUUUUUUUAAAAAUUAAUAAUGAUACCAACACAUUCCUCGCUCUGUGAUACAUGCAUUUUAUCAAUGUAUGAAAAGUGAGUAAUUUUAACAUAGAUAUUAUUUCAUUUAUUUAGGGGACGGCACAAAAUGAGCCCGAUUGUAUUAGAACUCAACAGAUUAUCGGAUUUUUAUGCGAAUUGAAAGCACUUAAUCCUGGAACGUCUUUUGGAAUUAUAUUAUCGAGUAAAGUGCAUAAAAUCAUAAAUGGUUAGUGGCCAUAUUCAUUGAUAAUUUAUUUGUUUUUAAUUGUUAUAUUUAUAUUAUCAUAUUGUUUUUUUUUGGUUUAAAAAAAAUUUGAACUAUUGUUUAAUUUUUUUUUUUAUAUUUAUUAGAAUAUAUGCAAUCUGUAAUAAAGAUUACAAUAAGCAUAUGAACUAAAAAAAUAAUAAUAUACAUGGCUUGAAAGCUUGAGGAGAGUAGCUACCCAACAGUAAUACUCAAACGCAAUAAAUUGUUAGGCUACUUUAUAUACAAAUAUUAUGAGUUAACAUUUUUUUUUUGUUUUUAAAUUUUUUCUUUGUAUACUAGUUAAGUUUAGCCAAAUCUUGAUUUAAAUAAAAACAACACUUGCGGUUAAUUUCUUACCAAGAGCCUUAAGUACCUAUGUUAUAGAAAUUAUUUAUCAAAUGAAAUAAUAAUAACAAAGCAAUAUUCAUUAAAAAUGAUUAUACCUUUUAUUUCAGCUUUUGAUGUAGAAAGUUUGAGUCAGCACGUAGAUUUUUAUAUAGCCAAAGCCUAUCAUUAUAGAGCAUGUGCAGAAUUUCCAGAGCCACCACCGGAUACAAGACGAGCUACUGAAGCUGAUAUGGUAAGAAAAUAUGUUUAAGCGUAUAAAUUAUUUACAAAUAAAAAUUAUAAAUGGGCUAAGAAAAACCAUUAACAUUUUUACUAAAACAAAAAAAUACGCAUAUGACAUUUUAUUUAAUAAACUUUAAUAAACUUAAAUAAACUUUAAUAAACGAUAUUUCCAAACUAAAUCCGAACGUGACGGGCGAUGCGUGCACGCAAAUAAAAAAACUACUGCAAAGUUUAGGCAUGUCCUCCGUUUAACGCACCAUACAAAAUAGAACAUGCUUCUCUAUUUUUUAACGCAAUAUUGUCCGGGCAAAACCGAAUUUUUCGUGAAUAGAAUCAAAUAUACUUACAAAUAAUUAAUAACAUAAUUAAAUUUAUUCGGUUACAAAUUAUUUUAAAAGGAGCCGUAAUAUUCAUAUAUUAUAUAUAAAACUUUUCGGUCAAAAUUUGAUAUUAAAAUAUUCUUAUAAAAAAAAUUUCUACAUUACACCUAAUUUUUUUUUUUACCACAGAGGACAACUUAUAAAGUUCUGUUAAAUUUUAAACCAUUUCAUUUUUAUCUAACAAUUCUAUCCACAGAGUAUCUACCAAAAAAAAUUACAUAAAAAAAUUCGCAAACAUAAAAUGCCUGUAAAUAACUGAAAAAUGGCUAAAAUGUUUUAAAAAUGUUACCACGUUUAGAAAAGGCAAAUAAAAAUUUUCUGUCCAAAUUUUAAGUGUCUAAAAAUAUAUUUAAUUUAAUUACAACAAAAAAUAAAAUUGAAAAUAGUACAUUUUGUAAAAUUUUCCCGGUUUUGGCCAAUUAUUAUGAAAAUCGCUUAAAAAAUCAAAAAGUAACCUUCUUAAAGUACCACUCAGUUAAAAUUUCCGUUCAGAAAAAGUGAUUCACUUGGAAAUCGGAGUAAAAUUUCUGGUCAGAGUUGUUUACAUAUUAAAAAAGCUGUCCUAAAGGUUAAUGUUGUCAGGUGCAGCCACUAUUAAAGGUAAUUUAAUGUAUACCUGUUAGCAACGAUAAACCAUUACUAACUAAACAACGAUUCUGAGCGAAGUUCAGUUGAUAGUGAUGCUUUGUCAACAAUAUAUUAUAUGUUAUACUACGGUAAAAUAAUUCAAUAGGUAUUAUAAAUUUCUUUUAUAAUAUUUGUUUAAUACUAUACCGAAUUUUUCGUUUUGCCAAGUUUUCCCAUGUCUUUCCUGGUUUUUCACAUUUGCUGGAAAAUCGAAAAAUAACCUUUUUAAAGUACCUCCCCAGUUAGAUUUAAUUUUCGAAAAAGUGCUGUCAUUGUAAAUUGAAACAAAAUUGCUAAUAGAAAAGUUGUCUAUAGAAAAAAACUCAAUAUUUUUUUACUAAUACUUACAUUUCGUACAUUUUCCGUUUUUUGACAUUUUUUUCUCGGUUUUUCCCAGAUAUUAUGAAAACCGCUUGAAAAAUAUACAUCUUUGUAAAACUAUAAGCUUCUUCGCUCCACUUAGAAUCUAAAAAAAAUUAGAAUAAAUAUCAUUGUAAAUCAAUGUAAAUUAAUCUAAAAUGGUUACCGUUAUGGGUUUUAACGAAAUAGAUUUUAUUAUUUUACUUUUACUCGCAAAUCAAGUUUACAUUUUUAUAUAAACUUUACAGUUCACCUAGGUAAAUUAGCUUUGGAAAAUUGAAAACCAAAUCAAUAAUUUAACAAAAAAAUCAGUUCUAUAAUAAUUUUACUUGUCUGAUAAAUGAACAACUAAUUAACAAAAAUUAUUUUGUUUUAGGAAGUUACGAUUUGUGCUUUAAAAGACCAAAAGUAUCCUUUGUGUAAAGUAAUAUUAAUGAUCGAUAUAAUUGCGUAUAGUUACAAAAUAGGACUUAAAGUCCAUCAUUCCGGCAAUGUAACUUAUACUAAUGUAAGUAUAUAUUAUAUCAGAAUAAUAUAAAAUCAAAUUAUAUUAAUAGUAAUUUGUAUGAACAAUAAAAUAUGUAUUAAGAAAAACUUAGUUUGGAAUAAUAUGAUAAAUUAUGUCCAUUGAUGUCUGAUAUAUCGCGAAAAUUGACGUCCAUGAUAUUUUUAAUACCCAGGAUAAUAUUCACUGUAAGUGGAAUUUGACCAGGUGUAAAUGGUGGACAAUGUCACCAGUGAUUAUUAACUAUCAUUGAAACUAAUAUAGAAAUUCCUCCCUUUUUCUGCCCCUGUCAAAUAUCAUGGCUAGAUAAAUUUUGGCACAACGGUUUCAACUAUUUUUUAGUAGGCAUUAGUUGCUCUAUGUAGAUAAUAUUUCAAACAACCUAUUUUAACAGGUUAUAAUUUUUGUUUUUCUUUAUAAUUAUUUAUAUUAUACAUACCUAUGGGCUAUCUAUAUAAAUAUAUUUCUAAUUCUGAACGAGUAAGUAAUGUAAGAUGUUUUUUUUAUUAAAUUUUCACCGAAACUAGACUAAACUUUAUAGUACUGUAUGGUAUAUGUUAUAAUAUAAAAAAUAUUAUAUGUUAUAUAUUUAUAUUUAUUUUAUCCUAUACAAAGUGUACAGAAUUUUAUGUUACAGCAAUUUUCUCCAAUAAAUAAUUAAAAUGGAGAAUACUGCUUAAUGAAAUAUUUUUAUUAAAUAGUGUAAUAUAAAAUUACAUGUGAGUUUGAAAUUUAAGACGCUCUUUUCGGUCGGAAUAUGGGGGCAACUUUUAAAAUUCAAAUAGCAUUCUAAAUUCCACAGAUAAAAGAAGUAUUUGUUAAAAUUUAUUUGAUGAAUACUCCAUGUAUAUAUGGAAUUUUGAAUAGUUACCUAUAAUGAGUAUAAUUAAUUGUAGUAGAUUACGAAAGAAAUGUCUCAAUAUAGUUUUCCAAGACAAAACACAAAAAUGGCCAAAUCUGUAAAACAUGAAGUAGAAAACAAUACUAGGUAUUUAAAUUCCCAGUUCCAUUCAGAAUGCAAUGUUUUUUUAUUUUUUUCAUUAUUGGCUUACCCAUUUCCAAAAAUCUUGAAUGAAAUUACAAAAAAAAAAACAUACUUCAUAGUAAAACCACUAAAUCCUUUCGCUCAUAACCUUAAAUGUAUAUAGUUCAUUAGAAAUAAUUUAUAUCAAUACAAAUAAUAGAAUCUCAGAAUUAUAAACCAUAAAUAAUUUUUCCACAUAUUUCUAUAACGAGUUAUAGAUUCUAGAUACAUAAAUACAGAUCAUCCAUUUUUAUAUUUACAUGAAUAAAUAAAUAUUCACAGGCAGGAAAGUAUAAUAUACAACGUGUUUCAAAAGUCUUCAUCCGAUUACAAAUUGAAAUAGUUCAGCAAUCGUUUAUCGUAGGUUAACGACCUAUAUAUAGUGGCGCUAAAAUCAGCAGUCAAGUAUGGCGGUAGCCACCCUUUUUUAAUGGGUAAGUGAUGAUGGAUCCAUGAUGAGUACUUGAGCCAUAUUUUGUAUCGAAUUAUUAACUAUGGAAUAUUAAUUAAGAGUGUUCCAUGGGAGAUUGUUUUGUAAACGUAGGUGGUGGUCUAUACAACUUUUUACCUGUCCACUUUCUUAAAACAUGGUUCGCGCCACUGCCUACAUGCCAAUGGAAAGAUGAUAUAGUCAAAUUUAUUUUAAAUAAUGCUACUGUUAAAUUCUGUAAUAAUAAGUGAACUACCAUCAGUUUAUUUCGGAAUGGCGACUCCGCCACAGAAAUCGUUUUGCGUCCUCCGUUUUAGUCAGUACAAGUCGACAAUAUCUGUUAAAUGUAAUUUUCGAAGAGCUCAUGGAAGUGAAGCUUUAACUGCUUAAAGUAUUCGAAGUUGGUAUUAAACGUUCCAAGAAAUAUUGGUUGUUUUUGUUUUGAAAUUACUGUAGCUUAGAUUUUUAGUGUAAACGAGAUUUAUGCUGUUAGAUAUUAUUACAACUAAUUUAUGAAUUAUUAUACUUGAUUAAGUUUUAAAUAAAUUACUUUGGUAUUAAACAAAUUGUUAUUUGACGUAUUUUUUUUUCAGUUGUGUACAAAAAGAUUCAAUAAAAAUCGUGUAUUCUGUUUGGAUACACUGGACCAGUUCUUUCAAAAAGUAAGAUAAUUCUUUCUAUUGAUGAUAAAUCAAAUUGAUACACUAUAAUACAUACUGUUGUAUGAUGUGAAGUAUAAACAAACCUUGUGCAGCAGUAAGACAGUUAGUCAAAAGAUGAUGUAUAAUACCACAGUCUAAUAAUAUUAAUGAAGUAAAUCUAAAGAAACAGUAUUUUUCGGAAGAAUCGUAAAUCGUGCAGGUCGAGAACAAAAUAGAAUUGAAAUACUAUAUUAAAAAAAAACGAGGCCCUAUUGGUGUGAACCAGAUAUCACAAAACAUUAUUAUUACCUAUUGACACUCAAUUUGAUUUUAAGGAAUUUCACAUUUCACGUUCAGUCAAUUUUGAUGGAAUCAUAUUUUCUAAAAUAUUACAGUAUCCUUAUUUUUUCAUUAUUAUUAAUGGGAGUGAUAUCGCUACCAAUUCUUAAUUUUCGAAUAGCAACCUAUAUUAAAGCUAUAAAAUAAUAAAGUAAAAACAAAAUUAUUAAAUGAUUAAUACUCAUAUUUAAAUAUUUAAACAAAUAAAUAAAUGUGUCACCCACCUACAGUAUUAUAAUAUGUGUGUCAAAAAGUAAAACACAACUGAAUAUAAAAAAAAAAAUUGAAGGAGUAAAAAAAAUAUAUACAAAUUAUACAAAUAAUAUCUUAUACCAAUACAUUUUAAAUAAUAAAUAAUAAUCAAAUAAUUAAUCUUAACAUAUUUAUUUCUAUUAAUAACUAAUUUUAAAUAAUAAUUAUAAUAUAAUAUAUAAUAUAUAAUAUAUAAUUCUAUUGAAAUAAUUUAUUUCUAUAUAAAAUGACUAAUUUGUAUAAUUUGUUCUCUAUGUAUUCCUUUAUUUUUUCAUAUUCCUUCGCUUUUUACUUUUUGUCAUAAUGAUUUAUAACCUGACGAUGAAUGUUUAAUUCGAAACCAGUCAAAUAAUAUGCAUAUAAUACUCCAGGUAACGCAUUAAUUUAUUUAUUUAUUUCAACAUGUAAAUUAUUCAUUUAUAGGUAUAUCUAUAUUAAAAUACCAUAAAUAGAUGAAGUUUAAAUUUAAAUACAUUUUGCUGUUGCAAUUACUGUCAACAGUUACUAAUAAUUAACAGUUGAAUAUUAUAAUUUGAUAGUGGUUUCAACCCUGAAAAUAUAUAAACAUAAUUCAAAAUAGAAUUAACAAAUAAGGACAAUGUAACAUUUUAGAAUAUAUAAUUUUAAUGCAUUUUUAAAUAAAACAUUUUUUAAUUAAAUAUUUCAUGGGGAAUUACACUAUAGCAUAAAAUUUGAAAAAAACUUGUAUAUAUAUACAAAACAGAUUGUUUAUUAUAAAUUAUUUUUCUCAUUAGGCCAAAUUAGCUUAUACGAACCAAAUGAUGGGAAUAUACGUGUUGUACGCCGAUUUCGACGAUCAUGGUGGUGCGUGCCUUUGUAAAGACGAAACACAACAAACGACAUUCCCCAUAUUAAAAGAACUAGUCAGAGCGUUAGAUGGUCAAGAUUCAUCAGGAUGUUUGGGAGGUUGUACUACAUGGGCCCAGUAUAACGACCAGAAUAAUACUGGUGGAAAUUAGGUAGGUAUGUAAAGUUAAUAACAAAAAUCAUGCAGUUUUUAUUCGUACUUCAUGUUAAAUUUAAUUAUAUUAUUUAUCUGUUUCAUGUUUUUACGUUUAUAAUUGUUAUUUUAUUUAUUUCACAUUUAAAAAAUAUUCAUACGCCAAAUAAAAAUAAUAGUAAUUUCGUUAAAUAGGGCAUAAUUUAUAAUAAUAAUAAUUGUACAUGUAUUUCAAAAAAAUCGCGAUA